ACACGCACGACAGAUCGAACACACGCUCCGGCGUCGGCAGAUAACACAUUAACACCUUUUCCCGGGUUGGGUGGCGGUGGUCUGGUGCAGCAUUUAAAGAAGAGCUACAGCCUGAGCGACCUGACCGGCGAGAAAGAGGACGAGAAUAGAAACACACCGCACAUGCACGACGAGACGGACAUGGAAGUGGAACCUCGCCGAAGAGAGCAUGUGGGAAGAAGAGGAUACAGUCCUCGCCGGACCCAGUCCAGUAGCAAUCGAGUAGAGAUGUAUUUCUCUGAAGUGGACGUUGACGUUAGACAACCGAGGUCUAGGGAGCCAACAGCUAGCUUAACUAAUAUAAGGUCUUCGGACGACAUAUCAAGCGGAUACAGCAGCGGUGAAGCGCUACAAUCCAGCCGUACAUCUCAAGGCGAUUCGUUAGUUCGAACAUCGAGCGUCGGUGCAAGAACACGCGCAAAACCUCGCUCCACCACGAAGAAGACCCCAGAGGACUCAGGAGAGGAUUCCGACAGCGUCGACCCUCCUUCCUCCAAAAAUGUCUCAUUUCCGACACCUUUGAAUCUCGUCACUCCCGAGCAAGCUCUCGAGAUCUUGCUUCUACUCUCGCAAAACAGUAAUGUUGCUGAUCAUAUCAAAUUCGAUCGUGGCUCCCUUGUGGCAGGUAACGAUGAUUUACUUAAAAGUACCAGUCAAUCAGGCCCGGAACUAGAGAAAAGUGAAUCGACAGAGACGGUCGACAAUUCGAGCUCAGAGCCCGUGCUAGCCGCGGAGAUUCGAAUAAUUCAGAGCGUAGAGACUAGAAUCGAUCCUAAGUCGAGCGACAUUGGACAGGCGGAGCUACUCGAAACGCAAGAUGCAAAGAUCGAGGAAGCAGCAGAGAAUCGCGCGGAAAGUGUAACAAGCGACGAAGCUUCCUUGGAGAUCAAGGAAUCAACUCGUACCGCGACGGACGAACUCUGUCAGAAUAAAUUCGAGGAACUGAAGCAACUUCUGAGCGACGCCCAUAAAGCUGUUAAUAACAUCGUUCACACGCAGGAGAAUUUUAGACGUAGCGACGCGUCCAUCGCCGAGACGUCGUCUCAGAAAGAAACAUCGUCGCAGAGUGUGGACGCUUUCGACGGCGAAAUUAAUAGAAAGAGUAUUGUCACUGACGACACGAAAGAGGCGAGAAACGAAGCAGCGAGCACGGCGGUAGGAUACGAAAGUGGCAGCUGCAUGGACGUUUGGACAACUCCGAACGUGUCGCGAAGUAACUCGGACAGUCACGGCCGGGCUGGCAAGUACAACAAGAAGCAAGCUCCGAAAGUGCCUCUCACGAAGAGCGAGGAGGACUUGAACUCCGAGGCCGAUGCUCAGAGCGCGUUGAAAGCCACUUUGGUAAUUAAAACCGGAACCGUGAAGACCUUCUCGAACACCGGCGUCACGAAGGACGUGUUUAUCGCUCACGCGGGCGACGCCAAGUCAAAGGCUACUAAGAAGUCGAAGAGGCAGCGGACCAAGGAAGGUUUCUCGAAGCUGUUGACGAUCCCGAAGAACAUCUUUCACGGCGCGUUCUCCAAGGAGCCGAGGAGAGGGGAGGACUCUUGCUCGGACGUGAGCGCGCCUGAUUCCAGAUCGAACAGCAUCGAAUCGCAAGAGGCGAUCGUUGAACUUGCUUCGCCGAAGUUAUCGAGCUCCAAUCGGGAGAUAAACGCUCAGAGCGACGAUAAGAGCGAGAACGACAGUUCAAACAGCUCUGGCAGUUACGUGCUUGCGCUCGCCGACGAUAAACAGAAGUUGGAGACGAAGAGAGAUAUCGAGACAACGAGCGUAGCGUCGCAGAUAAGAGAAAUGUCGCAGUCGCCGAGAAUUGGCAAAAGAUUGGAGUCGGAUAUUUUUUAGGAAGCUUUCGUCUGAAAGAUCGAUAUAUAUAUAUGUAUAUACAUAGGCUAAAUUGUUACACGGGUCUUUUUGACUGGUUCUCGUCGUCGUGAUUCACUAAAACUCUUUGUCAUCGAUCCUUCCUCCGUCCUUUUCAUCCACUUGUCGUACUACUGGAAACCGACGGAGAAGAAACGGAUUAAUUCGUUCGUUCAGAUCAUAACAAGCUUCGCUACCCUCCCCCGCAGCAAGAAGACGAGUAAAAAGAAGGUGGCAUGAAAUUUGGACACUGCUGCUGAUCGCAUCAAGGAAUAAACAUCAGUUUCUUUCGAUUUGCUUUGAAAGUCGAGAAGUGAGAAAACGCACGGCGAAAGUGCGGCCGACGAAACCGAUCAGCAGCAGAACAACCCGAAUCAACCUAUAAAUAUAUACAUGGAAAAUGCAUAAUGCGUGGCGACAUUGUGCCCUAGCACUAACGUUACUCGAGUCGUUUGUACAUAGUUUUCUCAUAAUUUCAAUUUCAGUUCCGCAAGAACGUGAUUCUCAUCGAUUGUAAUCGAGCAUCUAGUUAAGUAGACAUAUAGGAGAAUAUCUCCGGUACACGCCGGUGUGGUUAUCACUAAGAAAAAGUAAGAGAAGACGAGAGAAAGAGUGGGUCGUUCACGACGAGCCUGUAACACCGUUGCUCACAGUCAUCCAAAAGAUUAUUAAGGCCCCAAUACACGUUGAGACAGAUAAAUCGACGCUCAGGCUUCACGAAAUCUACGCCAGUUUUCAAUUUAUCGCAUCACGUGUGACAUCUAUGUUGAAACACGUAAAAAUAUAGGAUUGUUAUCCAACUAAUAUUAUUAUCAAUAAUAGAAGGUAACGCCACUGUACACGAGUAUUUGGAAGAUUCUGAAUUAUUGCAAAUAUGUAAAAUACAAUUCAAACGAAUCUUUUUAAUUUUUAAAAGUAAUACAUAUAUAUAUAUAUAUAUAAAACUGAAGGUUAUUGAAGAUUAAUUGUUGAGAGAUGUCUUCAAUAUUGAGAUACUAGAAUAAUUGAAAUAUGUGUUUAUAGUUACAUUGAAAUAUGAAAUAAAAUUAUGUGAAUUAUAAUAAACUCAUUUGUUUAUAUGGUUUUAUUCUUGAGUCAUUCCACUAGAAAAUUGUCUUUUGGAUCGUCUUAGAACAGUGUCUUAGAACAAGAACAAGUUCUUCGAAUUUUCAAUUUUCAAAUUUCUAUUUCAAAUGUUCUUGGACACAAAUAAAUCAGUCUGGUAGAAUCUUUACCUUUGAAUCGAAAAGAAUAUGCUUCUUUGAACGAUCUAUAUUUUAACAUUCAAGAAUUAAUUUCUACAUCUAAUACAUACGUCGUGACAUAUAUCGUAAAACCCAAGUGUUGAUGCAUGUAUUGUGACUUGAACGUGUUUCAACGUGUAUAGGGGCCCUUAGAUACUCGUAUCAUGCUUUUUAUUGCGUGUGUCCCAAGACUCGUGCGUAAUAUCAUUUGUAUGAAUAGAUUACGAUUCCCAAAGUUUUAUAAUAUAUAUAUGUACAUGUUUAACGAUUACGGAGAAAGGAGAAGAAACUUUUGGUGUCUAUUGCACUCGAUCAAUGUCGCUUACGAUCAAGCGUAGAUUUUAUCGAUAGAAACAACGGGAUUUAUCGCCGAUACUCCUCCGAAAAAUCGCAUUGGAAUUCCGUUUCUAAGCUUUUUCUAGAUUGAAGGAUAUAAGGAAACAACGAGGAAUGCGGUCUAUUUUAUCAAUAAUUCUUCCUUGGAGUAUCUAAUUGAAGAUAUAAACUUCGUUCGUGUCGUUUUAUUUCAAUGAACUAAAAUAAAUAACACUGAAGCAUCAAACUGUUUCGAGCGACAUUCCUCCUUCUUUCUCGUUCAUCUUCAAUUUGUAGUUCCGAUGCUUCGUAAAACGUCGCUCUAUCAUUGUAAAAAAAAAACAGAAAGAGAAACCGGAAGAGACACGCGUAAAAUUAAGAAGAGCAAUCGUAUAGUAUAUUUGCGACAAAGAGAGAUGAAUUCUGUGGAAUCUAGUCAACAAACAGAACCUACUCAGGCAACUUUUCAAUAGUGCCACUUGACUUUCUACUCGCAUAUACAUACAUUCGUCUGUGUAACUGGAGCAGAGUCACAGGAGUCGUGCGUUGAUUGAUCGAUAAACGAUUGUACGAAACUACGUGUGCACGUACGAUCAUCGCACUUUUUCACGAAAACUUAGAGCUCGAAAACUGCUGCAUAAUGUUUCUAGCUAGUAAUGAAUAACGUUUCGAACUAAUUCUACGUAAGAUCCCGUCAACGACCAGCAAUAUGUCCAUGGCUCUGAAAUUAUGACAGAGAACCUCCCUUAUUCUAACUUUGGUUUUUUUCGUAUGCAUUAACGUAUGGUCAAUAGCCCGUUUCAACGUCGAGUCAGUGAUUUCCUAUGUCGAAAUGUAUGCGAGAGCUUGCUCGACGAAGAGGUGCAUAUUAAUUUCUGUCUGUGCGAGACGCGACGAUUCUUGUUUUAAUUUCAAAUCGCAUCUACCUUAUGACUUAUUUGCGCGCACGGUAUACCGAGCAGAAAAUUUACGCACAAACGCUGUAGCUAUUAUUCAUCGUAACGAUGGAGAACGUGUUCAUGCGUAUAGUUUAUCAUACUGCACGUUGAUGAUUAUUGUAAACGCGGGAGCAAGUGAACUCCGAGAUCGAGAACGUUGUUGUCGAUCGGUUAAGAAUUCGUUGUAAGACUACGAAUGUAGUUGUUCAUUUUGCUAGAUCAUAAAG